UUGUUUUGAUCAUACAGUUCAAUUAUUAGGCGUUCGUGUUGAGAAUAGUAUGUUUUUGUUGUUUAAUGAUGGAUGUUCUUAAGCCUAAAACUGUUCCUCUCUGUGAGGAAACUAUUCUGUGGUUCGAAUUUCUAUUGAAACCUAAUUUAUUAUUAAAACAUUUGUCCAAUCCUGCACCUGAUCCAUCGCCGACAGAAUUGAUAACACAGUUUCUUUCGAUAGCCCCCGAAAAUCAAAGCCAAAAUGAGCUCAAUUCGCCCGAGGCUGAUAGUAUGAAUAAAAACGAAGGCUUAAAAUACAGCAAGAAGCAGCUGGCACUGAAGAUUCUGGCCCUCAAGGUGGCCGCAUAUUUGCGAUGGGAUUUGGAUGUAAUGGAGAAGAAUUUGCCGCUGCAGAGACAGAUCCAACUGCUAAGUGAUCUGUGCAGUGUGACGGCAGGUAAAACAGUCAGUCUACCACUUUCGUUGGUACAUGAAUGUCCAAUCAUUGGACCGGAAGGAUCCAAACAUUCGCUGAACUUCGCGUUGACCUUGUACCACCGGUGGGUACUGAGAGCCCAAGUAAUUCGAGGAUCUGUUGCGAAAACCAACAAACCGUACACUCACAUCACGGGCGUUCCGGAUUCUGCAUCGUACUCGAUGAGGGAUGAUUCGUUUAUUAAUUCCCUCGAGCCUUUCACCAAUAUUAGUAUUGAUUUUCUGAACCAGGUGAUUGUUGAUCCCGAUCCGUUCCGAAUUCUAACGUACGAUUCGUUUGUUGCCCUUGAUGCUCAUACGGAGUGUCUCCAACAGCGAUUCGAUACCGCUAUUGCGAUAUCGAAGGCUGAGCUGAAAGCGCAAAUCUGCUUCGAUCUUUGUUUGUACUAUUUGUAUGUUCAGAAGUACGAGCUGGCCAAGCAGAAUAUAUUGCUAAGCAAAGACAACUUCUAUCAAAUGAAGCAGGAAUAUAGCAGAGGGUUGUCGAGGACAUAUCUGUUCUGUAGUGUUGACGAAGAGCAACUUCAUGGUUAUCUUUUGGCAUGUGGCGUUACCGGGGAACCCGAAGGAUUACUCCAACGGCUGAAUGAAUCCGUUGUCAAUCACUAUUCCGAGGUGAUUUCCAUCCUGAAAGAGGAUAACAUUAGAAGAGAAAUUCCAAUGACGCAAAGAAAGAUUCUGGAAUUGAACGUUGAAGGUUUUGUUUCGAUGGGAAGUCCCGAGGCUAGUACUAAUGAUCAGAAGGAGCUGGAGCUUUCUGUUGUCGCGCUGAACGUAAUCCGACACGUUUUAGAUGGCGAUGACAUUCUCGGUUGCAAUGUAGCUCUGCAGAAGUAUAAGCAGCAGCAGCUGAAACUCGUAGAGCUAAUGCUGAUGUACGUUGAUGAGCAAUUUGAAGAAUUUGGUUUAUCGGAUCGAGAGUUACUGAAAAAGUAUUUCAUACAGACGAUUAGUUUUUCCUGCAACUCGGAUGGGGUGGAAAGUUUGAUUAAAGUCUAUCACAAACUGAUUAGCAUCCAAGAGUUUGAAGAUUUGAAGAAGCAAAAGACGAAAGACGACGUCCAAUUUACCGGGAUUGGAAUCAUGGCUGAUUGGAGUGUGAAUGACUCCAAGGUACCGAGUCUGGAAGUUGGAACAUAUGAACGACAGCUGAUCACAUGUACGCACGCAAGCGGUGUCCGCAAGAUGCUCGUGAAACUUGCUGGAAUGAAUCCAACAAAGCCGCUCUGGAAAAUCAAUCCCAGUUGGUCUAUUCCUUCGCCGAUGAAACAAAUCCUAAUGUCGCUCCAACGAGGAUUUUUCCAAGAUUUUGCUUACAUCCUAGUGGGAAAAUCCCGCGAACUGGCCGCCAGGAAAGACUAUUCCGCAGCAAUAGCUCUACUUACCUGUUUGAAAAGUGAAACAGCACGGACUGAUUUGUCUGGCAAUCCGCUGGUGUUGAAGCUGGGUAAAAUGGCCGCUUGGGAGGGGUUACUCAUUCAGAUACAACAGAUACUGGAGGAGUGGCCGAAAAAACCAACCGACCAGAUCCAACUGGUGCGCAAUUGUAAGCAAUGUUUGAACGCCAGCACCAACAAUGAUGUAGCGCCUCGUGCGAAGAUUUUAGAACACUGUGCUGCAAUUCUGCUGAAUCUGAACGACUGGAACAGUUUACUGACUCCGGACAAGCGCUUUCCCGCGUUGGAACUCAGUGCAUCCGUGGCCCAGGCCUUUUUGGACAUAGAGAAGUUCAAGGGGACUAAAAAGAACAGCCGCGACGCGUGGGAUUUGAUACUGCCGAUGUUUAUCAACCCGCAAAGCUCACGCCAACGUCAUCCAACGGACAACACAGGUAUGUUGCAGUCGUUUUUGGCGAAAUUGCGGGAUCCGCUGGUGAUAUCGAUUGUGCUCUCACUUUUGACUAAAUUGCACAACAUUCUGAAGGAUGAAACUAAUUUGGAUCUUAACGCCGAAUACAUGUUUUUAUGGCCAGCCAACGUGAACAACCCCGCGAUUUAUAGCAUAAAAAUGGUCGAUGAAACGCUGAACAAUCUGUUGCAACAAUCACUCAAAUACUAUUCAAACAACAUUCCGUGGAUCAAGCUGAAGGGUGACAUUGAGUAUUCGAAUGGCAAUCACGAAGCGGCAAUGCAUUACUAUGUGACGGCGUUGGUUUCCGGAUCGGAGUACUGCACCAUCCAUUUGCAGCGACCGCUUAUGGACGAUUUUAUUAUUCGACGCAUGAUCAAGUGUAGCUCGACUUUGGGCUGUUUCAUGCAGGCCGCUGUAUUGUGCCAGUUUUUGGAUGAGACUGACUAUGGACUAGCGUUCAAGAAUGUCGGUGAGAAGACAGCCAGUUUUUCCGAUGCUAUGGACUCAUACUACGGUUGCAUAUGGGAUCCAACGUUGCUGGAGUUUAUCGUUAAUUGGCAUUUGAAGAAAGGCGAACAUAAGCGUAGGCUUCAGGCGAUAUCCUAUCUUGGCCAACUGGAACUGAACGCAAACAACAAUGAAGAAAUCAAACGAGAGGCUGCGGCUAUUCGGAAGGCCCGAUUCCUACGUUCCCUAGCGAAGCAGUACAUGUUAUAAACGUACAAUAAAACAUUAGAAAAUCAUCAA